GCGCACAAUGGAAGUCCUCACACCCCAAGUGGACGAUGUUGAUUUCAGGAUCCGGCAGACGGAGGAGGAACUGAUAAGACUGCGCAAGGAACGCGCCUUGGUCGAGCUGCAGAACCAGCUGGCAGAGGAACAGCAGUUUCUGGCCAAUUCUCAUAGCGCCCAACCGAUCUCUCAUACCAUCCACCGUGCCGCUGGCGAACCCACGGAUUUCCUCGGUCGCUACCCCGUCCUUCCUUUCGAACGAGACACAACCGGUAUUAAAGCGGUCAGACUCGGAAUUGACACUGUCUGAAGAAGAUGGGUUGCUCAUGUUUCCUGAGCACACCCCCAUGCUUCCGGUGACUAAAGUAUACCACGGCGUCAACCGAAAGGAGUUCCUGCUCCUGAUGCGUCGCUUGGAGACACAUUUCGCGGAGUGGCCGCAUUACUAUACAUUCAACGACAACAAGAUAGUCGAGGCAUGCCGGCAUUUGUCUGAAGGAAUUGCGACAAAAUGGGUGUUGAUUCGACUGUCCCCAAAUAACAGGCGGACGUGGUCAGAUUUCUGCGUCUGGUUGAGUUCAAAUAUUCGCAACUUCGUCAACCCCGAUAUCGCAGAGAGGAGAUACCAAACUGUCCGUCAACGGCCGAACCAGCCAGUAAGCAGAUAUGCCGCGAUGCUGGGCUCGCUCGAGGCAAAUCUGCCGCGGCUCGUGACAGACUAUGAACGAUGUGAGCGACUCUGGGAAGGAGUCCUUCCGGAAGUUCGAAACGCAUCGCAAAGUGGUUUCCCAACUUCUUUUCACACGGGCGUGUCUCAGUUAUGUGCCGCGAGCAGGUCUGUGUCGAUGACGACACGGGGAGGACGGCGGUGGAGAAGACGUGGCCGAGGGAGGAGGGCUUCGUGAGACGAACGCCACAGGCCAAGCUCCUGUGUCACUGUUAUAUACGAAACUCGCGUCUCAAAUUUCCAUCCAAAGUUCAGGGAUCAUGUGGCCGGUACAGCGAGACAACGGAGACGGCGGCGGACAGUUUCCAUGGUCGAC